AUGGCCUCAUCGGGUCCCCGUGCCUUGCAGGCUGUGCUCUGUGGUAGCUGCUGCUAUCUCCUGCUGUGCGCCGAGCUAGCUGUGGCUGGUAAAGGAGCUCGAGGCUUUGGCAGAGCUGCCCUGCUCCGCCUGAACAUCUGGCCAGCUGUCCAAGGGGGCUGCAGAGAGCGGGAGCUCUGUGAGCGUUGUGUGGAGGAGAGCAGAGCACACAACCUCUCAAGCUGUGUGUGGGAGCAAUGUCGGCCAGAGGAGCCAGGACACUGUGUGACCCUAGCUGAGGUGGUAAAGGAAGGCUGCUUUGUCUACAACCACUCAGAGGCAUGUCCGGCUGCCCAUCACCACCCCACCUAUAAACCGAAGACAAUUACAACAGGAAGCCCCCCAGUCCCUGAAGCCCCUAGCCCAGGCUUUGAUGGGGCCAGCUUCAUUGGGGGCAUCGUGCUGGUGCUGAGCCUACAGGCAGUGGCCUUCUUUGUGCUACGAUUCCUCAAGGCCAAGGACAGCACCUACCAGACACUGUGA